GCCAUGGGCUGGUCCCAGGACUGGCGGACCCGGCGAGCAGCUAUUGAGGCCCCCGGGCGCUCGGAGGCUGCAGGCCGCGCGGCCAGGCUGAGCCCCAGCCGUCGCGCCGCCGCCCGGGCGCUCCCUUCCAUCAUGCUGUGGCGGGGCAGCCAGGCGCUCCGGCGCUUCUCCACCGGCCGGGCCUAUUUCAAAAACAAGCUGAAGCUGGCACUUAUUGGUCAGAGCCUUUUCGGACAGGAAGUGUACAGUCACCUCCGCAAAGAGGGCCACCGAGUUGUGGGCGUGUUCACGGUUCCAGACAAGGAUGGCAAAACUGACCCGCUGGCUUUAGCUGCAGAGAAAGAUGGGACCCCCGUGUUCAAGUUCCCCAGAUGGAGAGUCAAGGGCAAGACCAUAAAGGAGGUGGCAGAGGCCUACCAAUCUGUGGGUGCUGAGCUAAACGUGCUUCCCUUCUGCACACAGUUUAUCCCCAUGGAUGUAAUUGACAGCCCAAAGUAUGGCUCCAUCAUAUAUCACCCCUCCAUCCUUCCCAGGCAUAGAGGAGCCUCUGCUAUCAACUGGACUCUAAUUAUGGGAGAUAAGAAAGCUGGGUUUUCUGUUUUCUGGGCUGAUGAUGGUUUAGACACAGGACCCAUCCUUCUUCAGAAGUCAUGUGAUGUUGAACCCAAUGAUACAGUGGAUGCACUUUAUAAUCGGUUUCUCUUUCCUGAAGGAAUCAAAGCCAUGGUGGAAGCUGUUCAACUCAUAGCCGAUGGAAAAGCUCCUCGCAUUCCCCAACCAGAAGAAGGAGCGACAUAUGAAGGCAUCCAGAAAAAGGAAAAUGCUGAGAUUUCUUGGGAUCAGUCUGCCGAAGUUUUGCAUAACUGGAUCCGAGGUCAUGAUAAAGUCCCUGGAGCUUGGACAGAGAUAAAUGGACAGAUGGUCACGUUUUAUGGCUCGUCAUUGCUGAAAAGCUCCGUGCCUUCUGGAGAACCACUGGAAAUCAAAGGUGCCACGAAGCCUGGUCUUGUUACCAAAAAUGGACUUGUUCUUUUUGGUAAUGAUGGAAAAGCACUGAUGGUGAGGAAUUUGCAGUUUGAAGAUGGAAGAAUGAUUCCAGCCUCUCAGUACUUUUCAGCGGGUGAGACCUCAGUGCUAGAACUUACAGCCGAAGAGGUGAAGGUGGCAGGGACCAUCAAGGUCAUCUGGGCUGGAAUUUUAAGUAACGUCCCUGUUAUUGAAGACUCGACAGACUUCUUUAAAUCUGGAGCAAGCUCAAUGGAUGUUGUCAGGCUGGUUGAAGAGAUCAGACAGAAGUGCGGUGGGCUUCAACUACAGAAUGAAGAUGUCUAUCUGGCCACCAAGUUUGAAGACUUCAUUCAGAAAGUUGUGAGGAAACUGAGAGGAGAAGAAUCGGAAGAGGAGCUGGUGGUGGAUUAUGUUUCAAAGGAGGUCAACGAAAUGACAGUGAAAAUGCCAUAUCAGUGUUUCAUAAAUGGACAGUUCACAGAUGCUGAUGAUGGAAAGACCUAUGAUACUAUCAACCCAACAGACGGAUCCAUAAUAUGCAAAGUAUCCUAUGCUUCUUUGGUGGAUGUUGAUAAAGCAGUAGCAGCAGCAAAAGAUGCCUUUGAAAACGGUGAAUGGGGAAGAAUGAAUGCAAGAGAAAGAGGAAGGUUGAUGUACAGACUUGCAGACCUACUGGAAGAGAACCAGGAGGAGCUGGCAACCAUUGAAGCCCUUGAUUCAGGGGCUGUCUACACCCUGGCUCUGAAGACUCACAUCGGAAUGUCUGUGCAAACAUUCAGAUAUUUUGCUGGCUGGUGUGACAAAAUUCAGGGUUCUACUAUUCCAAUCAACCAGGCCCGUCCAAAUCGCAAUCUGACCUUCACCAAGAAGGAGCCGCUUGGGGUCUGCGCCAUUAUCAUCCCCUGGAAUUACCCACUGAUGAUGCUGGCGUGGAAAAGCGCCGCGUGUCUGGCGGCGGGUAACACCCUAGUGCUCAAGCCAGCGCAGGUCACGCCCUUGACUGCUUUGAAGUUUGCUGAGCUCUCCGUGAAAGCAGGCUUUCCCAAGGGGGUAAUCAACAUCAUCCCAGGCUCAGGUGGCAUAGCUGGGCAACGCCUUUCUGAACAUCCUGAUAUCCGUAAACUUGGUUUCACUGGGUCCACUGCUAUUGGCAAACAGAUCAUGAAGAGCUGUGCUGUGAGCAACCUGAAGAAAGUUUCCCUUGAACUUGGUGGCAAAUCCCCACUUAUAAUAUUCAAUGACUGUGAACUUGACAAGGCCGUGAGAAUGGGCAUGGGGGCAGUAUUUUUCAACAAAGGAGAGAACUGUAUUGCAGCCGGGCGCUUGUUUGUGGAAGAAGCCAUCCACGAUGAAUUUGUGACAAGAGUGGUGGAAGAAAUUAAAAAGAUGAAAAUUGGUGAUCCACUUGACAGAUCUACCGAUCACGGGCCCCAAAAUCAUAAGGCCCAUCUGGAAAAGCUUCUGCAAUACUGUGAAGCUGGAGUGAAAGAGGGGGCCACCUUGGUGUACGGGGGAAGACAAGUUCAAAGGCCAGGCUUUUUUAUGGAACCAACUGUGUUCACAGAUGUGGAAGACCACAUGUAUCUUGCCAAAGAGGAAUCAUUUGGGCCCAUAAUGGUCAUUUCUAAGUUCCAAAAUGGGGACAUCGAUGGAGUGUUGCAGCGAGCAAAUAACACAGAGUACGGUUUAGCCUCAGGGGUUUUUACAAGAGACAUAAAUAAGGCCAUGUACGUGAGCGAGAAACUAGAAGCGGGAACUGUUUUCGUUAACACCUACAACAAGACGGACGUGGCCGCCCCUUUCGGUGGGGUUAAACAAUCUGGCUUUGGGAAAGACUUAGGUGAGGAAGCUCUAAACGAAUACCUCAAAACCAAGACUGUGACGCUGGAAUACUAGAGAGAGCUGUCGCUGGGAACCCCCUGCAGACAGCCUCACUCCUCAACUCUCUCGACACACUUGAGGAGCCUGGAUGUGCUGAAGGAGGAGCCGCGAGUUGAAAAAUCCACACGUGGACCACCAAGGGGGUCAGACCACACGUCUAAGCAUUUACACCCGUGCCUGAGUGUUUUCUACUGCACCUUUUAUACUUUCAAAUGAUUUGCAGUUGUUGGGUUUUGACUAUGUUGUAUCUCACAUGUAUUAUAGACCGCCAAGCUGCUUUUUCUCCCCAACUAAUCUAGCCGUUGUUCAUCUUGAAAAAAGCCAGUAUCAGCCGGUUGUACUACACGAGGUGCAUUUUGGGGGAAACUUUGCAUAAUAAUGUGCAGAUUUUAACCUCCAAACUAUACCUAUGGAGCUGUUAAAAAGGUUUUCUAUAAUUUUGCUCUCAUGGAACAGUAUAUCCUAUAAAGAAUGUGAAAUGAGUUUUUUUUUCAUAUUUGGAAAUAAGAUACAUCUUUGUGCCUUUUGAUGUUCUAUUUUUCAACCCACUGUGAUGGGUAACGAACCCACAAACAGUUCUUCUAGGAAUGGGGUACUAUGUAAUGUUGUGAGCAGUAGACAGAAUUUAAUGACUAUCUCUGGCUCCAAAUAGCUUAAAUUCUAAUAAAUAGCUUUUAAAAAGUGAAUUUUACAGCAUGACAUAGACUAUAGUAGCCUUUGGAGGCUGAUCUUGGUCCAUAUAAUACCAUCCUGCCAUGUGACUUGAGGAAACCUACACAACUUCUCUGAGCCUCAGUUUCCUUAUCUGUCAAACGGGGAUAGAUAGUAAUGCUAGUAAUGCCUUCCUCAGGAGCCUUAUUUUGAGGAGUCAACGCAAUAAUAUAAGUACCUUGCACUGUGCUUUGUUCAUGGUUCUCAAGAGAAAUUAACUUUGUCCCCCCCUCACUAUUUUAAAAAUAUAUUGAGAUAAACUAACCAGAUGAAUUAAUUUUCCUACCACCCCUUUCAGGAGUCACUGAUUCCUGUACGCCACUGUUCUGACCCAGUGCUUGAUGUAGCAGCACCGGAAAAACGCCCUGUAAUGAAAACUGGCAAUGGUCCGAGGAAAAGGGCUGUCUUUCUUUCUGCAGCUCAUUCGUUCUUCCUAGGACAUCUUGUUUUCCGUUUCUCUACCUACCGGAUCUUCUGUGUGAUCGCUGACUGUGUGAUCUCGGGCAAGUUCGUAACCUAAUAUCUCAGAGCCUUGGUGUCUAUAAAAUGGGGAUAAGGUCUCUAUCUCAUUAGGUGCUGGAAGGAGCCAAUAGAAUGAUAUGAUGCAGAACGCACCCGACAAGGUGUUUGGACCAUAGUCGGUGCCUGAGAAAUGGGAAUUAUAAUCCAUGCAGGACUCACUAGAUUGACCGUUGUCAGACAAAAAUAUUCGGUGAGCAAAUUAUCACCAUCCACAUGUGACUGGAAGGUGAGUUCCUGAAUCACAGUGUCGCUGGAAGAUGGUUGGAGAAAUUAACUUCUAUUACUCCUCCUUUUAUAAAAUUUCAGUGAACAUUCCUGUCUCUGGAUUCGAAGGAGCCCUUAGUUAAUCCUUGGUACUUUGGAGAGUCAGCAGCUUAACAUAAAGGGAAUGUAGGGAACCAAUCAACAAACCAAGUCCGAGACAGAAAACAUCCAAAGGGAAGAAUACCAGGAGUGAUCCUGUCAUGGUCAAUAGAGCAUAUUUUGCCUAUAAGCGCGUUUUAUUAUACAAUAGCUCAUUUACCAUCAGAGCUUGGCACAGGUGAAAUUCUAAAUCAGUGGGAAUAUUCUGAGUCUAAACUGAGGGCUCAUAUUUGAAUAAAAUGACAAAGCCUUAUUAGAAAGGAACCACUUUUUAAAAAAGUAUUAUUUAAAUUCAAGUUAGUUAACAUACAGUGUAGUCUUGGUUUCAGGAGUAGAACCCGGUGAUUCAUCUCUUACAUAUGACACCCAGUGCUCAUCCCAAAAGUGCCCUCCUUAAUGCCCAUCACCCAUUUAGCCCCCCCCCACCCACGUCCCCUCCAGGAGCCCUCAGAUUCUUCUCUGUAUUUAAGAGUCUCUCAUAGUUUGCCUCCCUGUUUUUAUCUUAUUUUUCCUUCCCUUAUGUUCAUCUGUUGUGGUUUUUAAAUUCCACAUAUGAGUGAAAUCAUAUAUUUGUCUUUCUCUGACUGACUUAUUUCACUUAACAUAAUACCCUAUUAGAAAGGAACCACUUAAAAAAAAAUUUUAAGGUUUAUUUUUAAGAGAG